AUGGUGGACGAAGGUGCCAUCUCCGAAGGUGGUGGCAAUCCUGCACCCUACCCCCCCCCCGACCUGGACCUGACUCCUGUGUCGUUCCAAGCCGCCGACGUGCUGCACUGGCGACGUGGACGGCUGGCGUACCUGCUGCACAGGGUGCCCGAAGAAAGGGAAGCGACGCGCCAGCCGCCGCCGAUUCUCCGAAGCCGCGUGGCCAACUCCCGUCGACAACCGGUCGGGGUUCUGGGGCGGCGUGCUGAACCCGUCGAGUUGGCCACACAUGUUCCCGACGACUCCACCCAACGAAGUUUAAUCGUCUUCUUAAUGCGCAAAGCCAUUCCUAUCAGCCACCCCAACGUGGUCCCUACAAGCGAGUUCUCCUCUCUGCCAAGAGACAUGUGGUUGCAGGACACGACGCCGGACAAGACUGGAAGUCCGUUGCUCGUGCAUAUGGAAUCAACGAGCCCACUGCAAAAGGAUGGCUCAUGUUAG